AUAUUUGACAUUUGCGCUCAAGAAAGAACAUCCUGCGUAUUCCCGACGUGCAACCUCCUACCCACAGCAUGUCAAUUCAACAACAUGAGCAACGAUGCUACUUUCACCUCCGGCAGUCCUAGCGCCACCUUAACAAACCGAUGUCAACGUUCAUGCAGGUUUUUUUUUGCAUUGACGUCAACCGCAUACAGCACAAAACAGAGGCUUUCUCCAUAUUUCGUAUGCCUGAGUCAGAAUAUGGACAGAUAGCUAGACACUGGUACCAAUUUUAAACCAAACUGACUGCGACAGCCGCUGAUUUAUCUUCCAUCACUUUGAGGAAGACACUACGCCCAAGGAUAACCGCAACACAGCCACCGUUGCCCAGAGUGCGGCCCAGGCAAGAGCCCGCGACCGCCACAUCAGGCACCAUGAUGGAGGGGGGCAUGCAGCUGCUCAACCGUGAUGGCCACAGCAUCUCGCACAACUCAAAGCGCCACUACCACGACUCCUUCGUGUCCAUGAACAGGAUGCGACAGCGUGGCCUGCUGUGUGACAUUGUGCUUCAUGUCUCCAACAAAGAAAUCAAGGCGCACAAAGUGGUGCUGGCAUCCUGCAGCCCCUACUUUCACGCCAUGUUUACCAAUGAGAUGUCCGAGAGUCGUCAGACCCAUGUGACCCUUCAUGACAUCGACCCUCAGGCUUUGGAGCAGCUGGUCCAGUAUGCCUACACAGCAGAGAUUGUGGUUGGGGAAGGCAACGUGCAGACAUUGCUCCCAGCAGCGAGCCUGCUGCAACUCAACGGGGUGCGGGACGCCUGCUGUAAGUUUCUCCUCAGCCAGCUGGACCCCUCCAACUGCCUCGGCAUCCGAGGGUUCGCUGACACACACUCCUGCAGCGAUCUGCUCAAGUCUGCACAUAAGUAUGUCCUGCAGCAUUUUGUGGAGGUGUCCAAGACAGAAGAGUUCAUGCUGCUGCCACUGAAACAGGUUCUGGAUUUGAUCUCCAGUGACAAUCUCAACGUGCCAUCUGAAGAGGAAGUGUACCGCGCUGUGUUGAGCUGGGUCAAACAUGAUAUAGAUGGACGCAGGCAACAUGUACCUUGGCUGAUGAAGUGUGUGCGGUUGCCACUGCUGAGGCGAGACUUCCUGAUGAGUAACGUGGAUACAGAGCUGCUGGUGCGGCACCACUCGGAGUGCAAGGACCUCCUGAUCGAGGCUCUCAAGUAUCACCUGAUGCCUGAGCAGAGGGGAGUCCUCAGCAACAGCAGGACGCGCCCACGACGCUGUGAAGGCGCCAGCCCUGUGCUCUUCGCCGUUGGUGGUGGCAGCCUGUUCGCCAUUCAUGGAGACUGCGAGGCAUAUGACACAAGGACUGAUCGCUGGCACAUGGUGGCGUCCAUGUCUACUCGGCGGGCACGGGUUGGCGUGGCAGCCAUUGGGAACAGACUUUAUGCUGUUGGCGGGUAUGAUGGCACCUCAGACCUCGCAACUGUUGAGUCCUACGACCCCAUCACUAAUUCCUGGCAGCCAGAGGUUUCCAUGGGCACGCGGCGGAGCUGUUUGGGAGUAGCUGUUCUGCAUGGCCUGCUGUACGCUGCUGGAGGUUAUGAUGGAGCUUCCUGCCUCAAUAGUGCAGAGCGUUACGACCCUCUGACCAGUACAUGGACCUCGAUUGCUGCCAUGAGCACCCGUAGGAGAUAUGUCCGAGUAGCAACUCUGGAUGGCAGCUUGUAUGCGGUGGGAGGUUAUGACAGCUCCUCACAUCUCGCAACAGUGGAGAAAUAUGACCCCCAGAGCAACACAUGGACAGCCAUUGCCAACAUGCUGAGUCGGCGCAGCAGUGCCGGGGUCGCCGUGCUGGACGGCAUGCUGUAUGUUGCAGGAGGCAACGACGGCACAAGCUGCCUGAACUCUGUGGAACGGUUCAACCCCAAGGCCAACACCUGGGAGGGAGUGGCCCCCAUGAACAUACGCAGGAGCACCCAUGACCUGGUGGCUAUGGAUGGCUGGUUAUACGCAGUGGGAGGUAACGAUGGCAGCUCCAGUCUCAACUCCAUCGAGAAGUACAACCCGCGCAGCAACAAAUGGGUCGCGGCCUCCUGCAUGUUCACGCGGCGCAGCAGUGUUGGUGUGGCUGUGUUGGAGCUGCUGAACUUCCCACCACCCUCCUCACCCACUCUCUCGGUUUCCUCCACCAGCCUUUGACACGAGGUCACCGCUUGGCUGAGCUCAGCCUCUGCUGCUACAGCCCAGACUGGCUCUGGGAAGAAACGUAACUGCUCGGUUUGAGACAGGGAGGAGGAGGACUGCAGUGGACAGGUAAAUAGACAGAGAAAGAGGGAAGGUAUGGAUAAGGCCAUCCAGAAUUAGUGGCACUCUUGGUAAAGAUUAGCCAAUCAUAGUUUAAAAAAUACAUAAAAUUCAUGAACUUAAAUUGAAUGAUAAGCAAUUUAAAAAAGUGCAUUGCCCUGUAAUCUCAAAAGACACACACAACUAUUAAUUUUCAUGCAAUGUCAAGUUUUUUUUCUUUUUUUUAAGGUCAAACCCAUCUGGCUACCCUUUAAAAAGUUUGCCAUUAUUUCGGGACUGCACUUUUAUCUGGUCUAGAUGCCUGAAACCUGAAACUCCACUGUACAGCUCCAGCAUACAGAUACCAGCUCCCACUCUCUUUAAGAGAACAAAGAUGUUCCCAGAUGUUGUAAACGUUGCCCGAUCUCUCCUCGAGCUCCACUUUUUAUCCCACCACUCCGGUGUUUGACACACUUGUCGUGAAAUGUGGUGGACACUUAAUUUUGUCAUGUGAAAUGUAAAUGUUUUUGGUUUGAUGUCGUCCUCUGCAAGAUUUUUCUUUUGAUGUCAGGAUUUUUUGCAAUAAUGUACAAAAAAAAGAGAACCUGUCUGAAUGAUUUUACUUUUGGAAUGUAGCUUUUUACUGAGUGUGCCAUGCAUGUUUACGUAUCGGCAUUGACUCCCAACAGGAGGAUAAAAUGUUGUAGUGCUGCUAUGCCACACUAGGUGGCAGUUAGAGGCAAUGUUAUAAACCCUUCCAACACUGCAAUUCAGCAUGGACACUGGAAACAUAGAGAUGUUAGGCCCUCAGAACUGUAUUGAGUUUGAAACUUUUUUAUAAACACAGAGAAAAAUUGUGUUGAACUAUAUGUAUUUAUAAAAAUGUAUAAAUUCUAAUAUAUUCUGUUUUAAAGAUGCUUAGAGAAGGACACAGAGCAGACCAAUGCCUAUUUAAGAGCGUUUUUACUAUAUUUAUUUAACUGUGUUAUGCGCAUAUCGUCAAUGGAGAUGACAGAGAGAAUGUCCAAGUGCGAGAGAGACAGUUCCUGGUUAAGAGGACUGAUUGUUGCAUUUGAUAUGCAGCAUUUCAUUUACAUUUCUUAAUGUUUCUUCACUGCCACAAGCAUGAUCUCACCUGAAACUGUACUUUAUGUCCGCUACAUUUGUGCAAAAGGCUUAGCUGCUUGAAUAAGCUAUUGACCAGACCAUGAAAGGACUAUAUAUUGUCUUUAAUCCUAUUGAGUGGACAGGGAGCUGGAUAUAAUCUGUGGACACUUGAUGGUUCAAAAUAAUACUUUAACAGUUUACCUACUGUACAUCAACACUUGACACUAAUGAGUAAUGCUGUUGACACUUGGUGCUGUCAUAUUUCCCUCCAUUCAUAAUCAAGUCAAUUGUUAUUACCUCAUUGUUGAAAUGGAUCCAACUCUAUUGCAACUAGAAACAACUGUAUAAUUAACUACAAAUAUACUGGCUAUAUAGCGUGUGGUGGGUGACUUAAGAAUGUCAGCACUGAACUUGGUUGUCUAAAAUAAAUUGAUUACUUUGAGUCUUCUUGACUCAGCUAAUACCCGGGUUUAGUUCUGUUCAUGUGUAGCGCAGUGAUACUAUUCCAAACUUCUGAGAAGUUGCCUUUUUUUCCUCCUUUUUUUGUUGAAGGAUUUCGUUGACCCUGUUGUGUUUACCUAAAGCUUACUUUUCAUUUGUUAGUGUGGACCCAGUAGAAUAGGGGCUGUGAUGUUCUUAUGGAGAUGCUGUUAUUCUGUAAAGUCCGUGUGAGUCAGGGCCACACAAAACCACAUAAGACUCUGGCCUCGAUUCUGCUGAUUGAACUGUAAAUACAAAAGUUGCUUAACUUAAAUCCAUUUGUGCAAUUUUAAUGUAACUGUAGCUUUUUUAAGUUUGUGUUCAAUGUGGUGAUAAUUGUUUAUUUAUGUUUGUUAUUUAUGAGGAACUUUAAAAUAUUGAAUUUUGCACUAUUGCGAAAUGGAGCAAUACAAUGUAAAAAAUAAAAUAAAG